AUGACUGCAUUCGAGAACUGUACUAGUUUCCUGUUUAAUUCUACAACGGGCCUUUGCACACCCAGCGCCUUGACCAAUGAGACUCAACCACUCCCGACCUCUGAAGAAGGAGAUCUAUUCCAAAGCUUCCAUUGUAAUACCUCUACGGGUUUCAGUGCGGCGAUCUAUGGGGACACGGUAGUCUGCGUGGCGCUUUUCGGGCCAGCAAAUUAUGCAGAAGCAGGAGCUGACUGUCAGGACAAGGGCGCCUACUUGGCGUCUGUGAAAACGUCUGAGAAAUAUUCCUUCCUCUCACAGGUUGCUGGUAACCACAAUUUGUGGGUAGGUUGUGACGAUUUGCAGCAAGAAGGAACCUUUGUUUGGAGGGAAGACGGACAGGAAGUGACGUUGAUCGAGCGCACUAAUGUGUUUGACGCCAGUGACCCUGCUACCGACGACGCCCUGGAAGAUUGUGUCAGUUUCCACCCAAGUCACUCUGGAUUACGAGACGACGAUUGCUCUCUGUCACAGAGUUACGUCUGUGAAAUGCCAUAUGGCUAA